CACACGUCAAUACAUCGCCGAUUGUCUGAAAAUUUUCUGCUUGCUGUGUAAAAUUGGUCGUUCUUUGAGAAACGACCGUGGAUUUCAUUAUUUUCCUGUAAAAAACAGCAUUUUGCACAAUAGUUUAGUUUUCAUAAUGAUCGACUUAAAUUGAGUGCAAUAGAAGCAUAUCAUUCUUAAGAAGCAGUUUUGUUCCGAAGGAAAGCUGAAGUUUCGUGUUUUUUCUUCGGUUGCCAGCAGUUCUCCUUUGAAUUAGUUUUGUCCAUACUGACGAUGGGACCGCCCAGGAAAUCCAGUUCACUAGAUGAACUGGUGCAGUACGUUACGCUGCACAUUCCUAAUCACAUUUUGCUGAACGGAAGUGUACUUCCGUUCUUGCUGCUCGUGUCCAUUUGGUUCUAUUUGUGGGUGUUCGUGUACAAAGUGGACGAGUACUGGGAAGCUGGACUGCUGACGUUGGCCGGGAUUGGUUUUGUUCAAGUUUUCGUUUGCCUCUGCUGCUUCUGGAGCGUUCACGUGCAAACUUUCCUCAACUGUCGUAAGGCUCACGCUCCGGAAAAGGCUCAGGCAGUUAAGGUAGUCCCAACCGAGAAUAAUGGAUCGUCGGAGCUGGUCAAGCUGCAGCGAACCAAGCUAGAUGACGGCGAUAAGUCGGAUACGAUUUACUGGUUUAUGUUCCAGAAGACGAAAUAUGUUUGGGAUUCCGAUAAGAAACAGUUUCGCAAUGUUGAGUUUCCUAUUCAUAAAACCUACGAGGAAUAUUUUGAAUCUAGGGGUCAUCUGGAGGACUCAGAUGUACAGUUGGCGGAACGAACCUACGGAAACAAUAACAUGGAAAUGGUUGUCCCGGAGUUUCUGGAACUGUUUGUCGAACGAGCUACGGCACCGUUUUUUGUGUUUCAAAUAUUCUCCGUUUUACUCUGGUGCCUGGAUGAGUACAUGUACUAUUCGCUGUUCACCCUGGGGAUGCUAAUUUCCUUCGAAUGUAUUCUCGUGCAGCAGCAGCUGCGGAAUAUGUCCGAGAUUCGAAAGAUGGGAAACAAGCCGUACAUGAUUAAUGUAUUUCGUAACCGUAAAUGGCGCCCUAUUAAGUCCAACUUGCUUGUACCCGGGGACUUGGUGUCGAUUACACGUUCCCAAGAUGAGAACCUGGUGCCGUGCGAUUUGCUGCUUAUUCGAGGAACUUGUAUCGUUGACGAAAGCAUGCUGACGGGCGAAUCUGUUCCUCAGAUGAAGGAGUCAUUGGAAAACACAGACGAGCACAAGAAAGAGCUUGAUGUUGAAGCGGACGGUAAAUUGUACGUUUUGUUCGGUGGUACGAAAGUAGUUCAGCAUUCAUCACCUAGUAAAGGGGCUAUGCGUGCUCCGGACAGUGGCUGCAUUGGGUAUGUUCUGCGAACCGGGUUUAACACCUCACAGGGCAAGCUGUUACGUACAAUUUUGUUUGGAGUGAAGCGUGUAACGGAGAACAAUUUGGAAACGUUUGCAUUUAUCCUGUUCUUGAUGGUGUUUGCCGUUGCUGCAGCUGUGUACGUGUGGAUUAAGGGAUCGGAAGACCCGGAACGAAAUCGGUACAAGCUGUUUUUGGAGUGCACUUUGAUUCUAACGUCGAUUAUUCCACCGGAUCUACCCAUUGAGCUGUCAUUAGCCGUCAACACUUCGCUGCUACAAUUAUCGAAACUUUUCGUCUUUUGUACGGAACCAUUUCGGAUACCCUUUGCCGGAAAGGUACAAAUUUGCUGCUUUGAUAAAACUGGCACAUUGACUAGUGAUAAUUUGGUUGUGGAAGGAGUUGCUGGUCUGAAGAAAGAUGCAAGCAUUACUUCGGUUGUGGAUAUUCCGGAAGCCACAGCUCACGUUUUGGGUUCUUGUCACUCGCUGGUUCAGCUGGAUGACGGUUUGGUAGGGGAUCCUUUGGAGAAGGCAACGCUGACAGCUAUUGAUUGGAAUCUCACGAAAGGAGAUUCGGUUGUUCCAAAACGAGGUAAAUUUAAAGCGCUCAGAAUCUAUCAGCGUUUCCAUUUUUCGUCUUCACUGAAGAGAAUGGCCGUGUUGGCUGGACACCUUGUUCCAUUCAGUAACGAAACUUGCUACAUCGGAACCGUUAAAGGAGCACCGGAAGUUGUCAUGAAAAUGCUGAAAAACGUACCGGAAAAUUACGAAGAAACCUAUUUGGAGUAUUCUCGUCGUGGAGCAAGAGUCCUUGCUCUCGGAUACAAGUCAUUUGGGACACUGGAUAAUGCAACGGUGCGUGAACUGAAGCGAGCUGAUGUCGAGAAAGAUCUCGAAUUUGCUGGAUUUAUCAUUAUAUCCUGUCCGCUUAAACCGGAUUCAAAGUACGCAAUUAAAGAGAUCAUCCAGGCUUCGCACAAAGUGAUGAUGAUAACCGGCGAUAAUCCACUGACGGCUUGUCAUGUUGCUAAGGAACUUCGCUUUACCAAGCGAACCAUCGUUGUGUUGACUCGAGGCGAAUCAAACUGGCACUGGGAAUCGAUUAAUGGAGAAAUUAAAAUUCCACUAGAUGAAAAUCGUAAUUUAAAAGACUGGUACAAGGAGUACGACUUUUGUAUUACCGGAGAAGGUCUCCAAUAUUUGGAUAAUGAACAUCAUUCGUUUUUGUUGAAACUGAUGCCGUACGUGACUGUAUUUGCUAGAUUUGCCCCCAAGCAGAAGGAAUUUGUUAUCACUUCUCUGAAACAGCUCGGCUUCUGUACGCUCAUGUGUGGCGAUGGAACGAACGAUGUUGGCGCGCUGAAGCACGCGAAUGUCGGAGUCUCACUGCUAAGUCAUCAACCGUCGAGAGCGGAAAGGCGUCAGCUGCGAGCGGCAAACCCAAAUGUAGAGUCGAUCGGGGCCGAUAAAAACGAAAAGGAAAAAAAGAAACAGGAAGAUCGGAAAGCCCUAACUCCCAGGGAGAGGGCGAUCUUGAAGCACCGCGAAAAUCUGAAUUCAACCCAAGAUAGACUACAAAAGGUCCUGAAAGAAAUGGACGACGAACAAGUGCAGAUCGUUAAGCUAGGGGAUGCCAGCAUUGCAGCACCCUUCACCAGCCGUUCGUCGUCGAUCAAUAGCGUUUGCCACAUAAUAAAGCAGGGCCGUUGCACCCUGGUAACGACACUGCAGAUGUUCAAAAUAUUAGCCCUUAACGCUCUAAUCUCCGCAUACUGCCAGUCGGUGCUGUACAUCGACGGUGUUAAGAAUAGUGACACACAACUAACGCUGCACGGACUGCUGACGGCGGCCUGUUUUCUAUUUAUCACCCGUUCGAAACCAUUGAAAGUGUUGUCAAAGCAAGCACCACUGCCGAAUAUUUUCAAUUUGUACUCGGUGACGACCAUUUUGGCGCAAUUUGCCGUGCAUUUUUCGGCACUGAUAUACUUGGUACACGAGGCUAACGUGCGAUCGCCCCCUAGAGAAGGCAAAGUGAAACUUAACCUGGACCUGGGUCCGGACGAAAAGGAAGAGUUCGUUCCGAACAUUGUCAACAGUACGGUGUACAUAAUUAGCGUAACGAUGCAGAUAGCGACGGUGGCCGUGAACUACAAGGGCCACCCGUUCAUGGAAAGCAUGCGGGAGAAUAGACUGCUAUCUUAUGCCAUUCUUACGUCCAGUACGAUCGUUCUCUGCCUAGCGCUGGGCGUUGUGCCGGAUUUGCUGGACACGUUCGAAGUGAUCGACUUCGAACCGGAUUUCCGCAAGAUCCUGGUGGGCGUCCUGGUGGCGGACAUGAUCCUCGCCUAUUUCGUCGAUCGCGUUUGCUCCUUCCUGUUCGGAGAGAUACGCAAGAAGACGGACAUCAUUACCUAGAACAGAAGUAUCCAUACUAUUCGCAAGCAGUAGUAACACAUUCGAUUUGCAUCGCAGAUUUACUAGCAGAAAACAAGGGAUUGAAAGCGUGGAAAAACAUUGUCGUUUUUCUGCGGUUUUUAAUUAUAGAAAAGAAAACAAUCAUGUUCUCAUAGCAGAGUAUAUAGCGGACCGCAAUCGUGUGAUAGCGAGCAUUUUUAAUUCGGCUCCGAUGCAAGCAAAAAUAAAAGGCGACUGAAGAGGAGGCAGCUGCUCGCGUUUCGAGCUGCUUUUAAAUCCUGUUGUAGGGUAUGUAAGUGUUUUUGAAACUAUAAAAUAAUAGCAUAGAAAAAUAUGAAAGAGAAGAGUGCAGCAAUGAGCGCAAACUAACUGGUUGUACAACCCGGAAGAAUACAAAAUCGAGUUUGUUUUAUGGUGUCUAAGGUAUAGAAGCGCAAUGGAAGUGAAAAUAGAUGAAAUAAUUCAAUAAAAUAAUAAUUAAGCAGGGAACGAGCCAGUGGAAAUGAAGCUAGCCGCCAGCUCGUUUGAAACCGUUUACUUGAUAUAAUAUACACACACACAUACACACAAUUUGUGGAACUGUCUUGCGAGUUUUUAGUUGAAAUAAUGUUGUAUGAUUCGUCGUAUGAAAACAAACGUUUAAAUGUGAAAUAUUAUGUUUUAUUUC